AUGAAAGCUUUAAUUCUCGUCGGAGGGUUUGGAACCCGUCUACGACCCCUCACCCUCACACUCCCAAAACCUCUGGUCGAAUUUGGCAAUCGUCCCAUGAUUCUCCAUCAAGUUGAAAGCUUGGCUGCAGCCGGCGUCACUGACAUUGUUUUGGCUGUUAAUUAUCGUCCCGAUAUUAUGGUGGCAGCUUUGAAAAAGUACGAAGAACAAUACAAUAUCAACAUCGAAUUCUCCGUCGAGUCUGAGCCCCUGGGUACCGCCGGUCCCCUGAAGUUGGCAGAAAAGAUCCUUGGCAAGGAUGACUCGCCAUUCUUCGUCCUAAACUCCGAUGUCAUUUGCGAAUACCCCUUUAAACAGCUGGCCGAGUUCCAUAGAGCACACGGCGACGAAGGCACAAUUGUGGUUACCAAGGUCGACGAACCAUCGAAGUACGGUGUCGUUGUUCAUAAGCCCAACCAUCCCUCGCGAAUUGACCGUUUCGUCGAAAAGCCUGUCGAGUUCGUCGGAAAUCGUAUCAACGCCGGUAUCUAUAUCCUCAACCCAAGCGUUUUGAACCGUAUUGAAUUGCGCCCAACUUCAAUUGAGCAAGAGACUUUCCCCGCCAUUGUCAAGGAGGGAAAAUUGCAUUCUUUCGACCUUGAAGGUUUCUGGAUGGACGUCGGCCAGCCUAAAGACUUUCUAAGCGGUACUUGCCUGUAUCUUACGUCGCUUGCCAAGCGAAACUCGAAGCUCCUUUCGCCUUCUUCCGAGCCUUUUGUGCACGGGGGCAAUGUGAUGGUCGACCCCUCUGCGAAGAUUGGCAAAAAUUGUCGCAUUGGUCCCAAUGUCGUGAUUGGUCCCAACGUUGUCGUCGGUGAUGGAGUACGACUUCAGCGAUGUGUUCUUCUUGAGAACAGUAAGGUCAAGGACCACGCCUGGGUCAAGUCGACCAUUGUCGGAUGGAACAGCUCCGUCGGCAAGUGGGCACGUCUAGAGAAUGUCACCGUUCUUGGUGACGAUGUCACCAUCGCCGAUGAGGUUUAUGUCAAUGGAGGAUCCAUUUUACCUCACAAGAGCAUCAAGCAGAAUAUUGAUGUACCCGCUAUCAUCAUGUAA